AUGGCCGCUUCGGGUGCGUCGGACGGCAGCGACAUCUUCAAGCGCAGCAUCAACCUGAUGAUCGUCUCUGAUCUCGACAACACCAUGGUGGACCACAAGGAUCCCAACCACGAGUCGCUGCGCGAGUUCGCGUCGCUGUGGCAGUCCACGUUCGCGCGGGAUUCGCUGCUCGUCUACUCCACUGGCCGCUCGCCGACCCUGUACAACCAACUCAAGAGCCAAGUGCCGCUGCUCACUCCUGACAUCGUGAUCAUGUCAGUGGGCACGGAGAUCACCUACGGAGCGUCCAUGCAGCCGGACCAAGGGUGGGAGGAGUACCUGAACGAUGGGUGGGACAGGGCUGCUGUGGUGGACGUCGCUAAGGGCUUUCCUCUGUUACGGUUCCAGGCGGACUCAGAGCAACGGCCGCACAAGGUCAGCUUUCACUUGGAGAAGGACCAGGCAGGCAACGUGGUGGAGGAGCUCAGGAGCAAGCUGCAGCAGCGAGGGCUGAAGGCGAAGGUGAUAUACAGUGGGGGGUACGAUUUGGACAUUCUGCCUGAGAGGGCGGGCAAGGGGCAGGCCAUGGCAUACCUGCUGCGGCAGUUCAAGGAGCACAGUGAGGGCGCUCCUAAGCACACGCUGGCGUGUGGGGACUCGGGCAACGAUGCAGAGCUGUUUGAAGUGGAGGGGGCUUAUGGUGUGAUUGUAUCCAACGCAAUGGAGGAGCUAGUGGACGAUCAACCACUUCAAGUUCGGCCCGCAGUAGCGCCGGCUGUUGGCAGCAAGGAGAGCAUGGAUGGAUGUCAGUGGUUAUAA